AUGGCAGUUGCGCCAGGUGCUGCUGUCAUUAUUGUUGGUAGUCAUCAAGAUCAAUUAGCUAAACAUAAAAAUUAUCGUCAGAUUUCAGAACAUUUACAAAAUCUUAUAUAUAAACGUUUUAUGGAUACAAGUUAUAGUGAAAAAGUUGGCUAUCCAAAAGUAAUUGGUACAAAAGAUCAUUUGAUGUUACAACAACGAAUACCAGCUAAAUAUAUUUAUCUUGAAGAAGCCAUUUCUUUAAUAGUAGAGGAACGUCGUCUAAUGAAUAAAAAUCCUGUGUUAAAGUUAAAAGAAUAUACAGAAGUGAUAAAAGUCGCAUUUCAACGAUUGGAACGUCCAAAAUUUCGUGACGAUUUUGAAUUGUUACAAGCAACAAAAUUUUUACAUGAAAACGGAGUCGUUUUACAUUAUGACGAUACGUGUUUAUCUGAUUUAUAUUUUCUUGAUCCACAAUGGUUAUGUGAUUUGUUGGCUCACAUAAUUACAAUUGAACAAAUUAACGGAUUUGCUAGACAUGGCAUUAUGCGUAUAGAAGAUCUUUAUCUCUUAUUUAAAGGAGAAAUAUUUGAAACAACUGACGUAUGUUCAUAUAUAAUUGAUUUGUUAAGAAAAUUUGAAGUUGCUGUUACAUGGGAUAAUCAAAAUAUAUUAAUUCCACCAUUACUACCAUCAGAAGGUCAAUUUAAAUUAUUAAAUAUAAAUAAACGUUCUAGUCGAAUACCUAUUAUUCCCUAUACAAAAAUUGUUCAAUUAAAAUCGUAUAAAAAUCUACAUGAUUUUAAUACAUCGCUUAAUGAUACAAUUUCACAAUCUAAAAUGAAUUCAUUACAAUUAAAACAUUUAAUUCGUGUUGAUAAUGAACAACAAUAUAUUUAUCGAUUAUAUCAAAUUGCAUUUAUACCAAGUUGUUUUUGGCCACGUUUAAUAACUCGUCUAUUAGCUGAUACACAACUACGAGCAUGUUUAACCACUUAUUUCAUAACGGAUCUAACCAUGUUAAACACUAAUCAAUGGACAAUGGAUAGAAUUAAAACAAUAUUGUUAAAUGAAUCAAACUGGUACUGUUGGCAAACGGGUUUAGAGUUACGAUAUCAUGAUUGCUGUUUAAUUAGAAUAAAAGAAGUUUUAUUUGAACCAAUUGUUUCAUCUUUAACAACAGCAACGACGACAUACCAACAAGAAAAUGAAAAAGAAGAACAUGAUCAACAAUUAAAUACUGUACUAGGUUAUCCUUAUCGAAAUAUGAUAUUUAAAUUUGAUACAGAUGAAGAAUUAAAUAAACAAAUUAUUGCAACAAAUGGUUCACUCAUUGAAAUUUGUGUUUAUAAUACAAAUUUACAAUUAAUUAUGGAUUAUAAUUUAAAUCAACAAGACAAAGAUCAAUUGUAUGUAUAUUCUUCUUUUAACAAUAGUCUCGAUUUACAUAUAAAUAAAAAUUAUUCUAGAUCCACAGAUCAUUUAGAUGUUGAUAAUGAGAAUUUCUUAACAAGUCGUAGUCAAAGUGAUCCACCAUUAUUAUCAUCUACAAACACUCCAUUUAUAAUUACUUUAAAUGUUCAAUUAUCAACAAUAGCAAAAAUUCUUAUGAAUUUAACGGAUAAUAUUGAUACAUUAUUAGAAGAUUGGUAUCCAGAAAUGGGUACACGUUUUGUACAAAAUUCAAAAGGAGAUUAUCUUGUUUAUCGUUUUAUACCGUGUCAUAAAUGUUUAAACGAAUCCGUUGAAGAUAAACAAAAUUCCAACGUUACUUUAACAUCAUCUCCAUCAUGGAAUCUUGUUGUUUCUGAUUCUAAAUACAAUGUUACAUUGUUUAGUCCUGAACAAGGUGUAAAAUUUCAUGCAAAUAGUGAAAUUGAUCGAACACGACAAUUAUCAAAAAAGAUCAGAAAAUACGAACUAAAUGAAUCAUUUUUAUGUCAUGCAUUUUGGAUUGAACAUGUUAUAUUUAAUUAUUUAGAGAAAAAGCCAAUACUCUGCGAAAAACAUGGUGAAAUUGAUUAUUCUACCAUUGCACCAGAUUUUUCAAUGAGACAAUAUAUUGAAAUUGCGGUAAAAGCUCUUGUACCAGUGGAUACAUCAAAUAUUUUAACAGAUUCAUCGAAAAACGACGAUAAUGAAGAUAUCAAUACAGAUAAAUCAAAAAAAUUAUCACUCCGAAAUAUUCGCAAAGAAUGGAAUUUAAAUCCGAUGCGUUCAGCGUGUAAAGCCUACAUUGCAUCUAGACAAGAAUUAUCGAUAUUAUUAGCAUUAAACAGACAUGAAAAUAUAGUACCAUUAUUAGGUUUAUGUCCAAAACCAUUAAGUUUAAUUCUUGAAUGUGCUCCAUACGGUUCAUUAGAUAAUAUUCUAAGCGAAUAUAAACGAAUGAAUACAUCACUUACAUUUUCAACAUAUCAAAAGUUAAUUGUUCAAAUAGCCAGUGCACUUGCACAUUUACAUAAACACUAUAUUAUUUAUCGUGAUCUUAAAUCAGAAAAUGUCCUUGUUUGGUCGUUACCCAUGCCACAUAUGCCAUCAAAAGGACAAGUAUUGGUUAAAUUAUCGGAUUAUAGUAUAAGUCGAGCAUUAUUACCAAGUGUAGGUACAAAAGGUUUUGCUGGUACUGAAGGUUAUAUAGCACCUGAAAUAAUUCGAUUCAAUGGUGAAGAAUUAUAUACAGAAAAAGCUGAUAUAUUUUCAUUUGCUAUGUUGAUGUAUGAAUUGUUGACACUUGAACAUCCGUUUCGUCGUAAUGGUAAAGAGCACGUUCGCGAUCUUAUAUUACAAUCAUGGCGUCCAUCUUUAACACAACAAGAACUAGCAUCACCAACAUUAAUUCUUGAUUUAAUGAUUUCUUGUUGGGCAGAAUCACCGUAUGAUCGUCCGUCUGCUGAAGAUAUUUACAAUAUAUCACGUAAAUUUGAAUUUCGUCAUUUAAUGGAUGUUGUUGAACUUUCAAACAAAGAAAAUUAUAAUGAACAUUUACCAUUGGCUGUAAUAACAUUUAGAGAUGAUAUUGAUAAUGAUGAUGUUGACGAUGAAUAUGAAGAAGAUCAAAUGGCUCUUCCAUCUGCUGAUGUUUGGAUUGUUCAACAUUCAAAACAAGAAUUAGAAUCAUCCUUGAUCGUUUUUGCCUAUGAUAAAUAUAAUGCUGUCCAUGAACGAUAUAUUAAUGUUUGUGGUUGUGAAAUUCGUGCAAUUCAUGUUCAUAAUCAACGAUAUGUAAUACUCGCUGAUAUUCUCAAUUGUCUCUAUAUUUUUUGUUCUAAAACAUUUGUUAAAUUACAUCAAUCAAUUCUUAUUCAUCAUCAUUCAAAUGCUCAACCAGUUCAUAUGAUCAGUUUAAAUGAACAACAACCAUUGUUAUCAUCGAUUGUCUAUUUAUUAUUGUCAGAUAAUUCAAUUUAUAGUUUAGAUUUAUUAAUUUUAUUACGUAAUCAAAUUGAUGCAAGUGAAUUAGGUUAUCGAUACAUUAUGAACAUUGCAUUACCUACUUUUAAAAUCACAGCAUUACCAACACCUAGUGGAAGAAAUGUUGAAAUUUGGGCAGGAUGUUCUUUGGGAAAUAUUCGUAUUAUUGAUGUAAGAACUGCUCAACUCUCUGUUCAAUUAUCUCAUCAAUAUCAAUAUGGUGGCGGUCAAACAGCUGUUCAUCUUCUAUGUUCAAAUAAAGAAUCACAAUAUCAAUAUUUUGUAUGGACAGCAAUGAAAACAGGAUGUUUUGUUUACGUUUGGAAUCAUUUAUCACGUCGAAUUGUGAAUCAUAUAGAUUGUGAAAAAGUAAUUAAACAGAAUGGAAACGAUUCAAAUGAAAUGAUUAUGAUCGAUUCAUUAUUACCCUAUCGAACAUUUUUAUUUAUCGGAUGUAGUACGGGACAUAUUCUUGUCGUUAAAGCCAUCAAUGUUCAACCAUUAACUAUUUUUCAUGCCCAUGAUCGAAAUGUAAUGAAUAUAUUUCCAUUAUCUAGUCAAUCAUCACGACCAAUAAUUGAUCUAACAAUACAUACACGUCAACAAUUAUCACAAUUUAAACAAUUACAAGAAAGAUUUGAACAACAAUGGAAACCAAAACAACAAAACCAACAACGUUUAGAUGAAAGUAAGAAUGAUGACAGUAGUGAUGAAAUAUCUUAUAUAUUAACGUACGGUUGUGGAGCUCAACCGUAUCAGUCUAUACCACAAUUGACAUAUGGCAAAGACACAAUUUAUCUAACUACUUGGUCUCUCGAAGAUUUCACUACGGAUUCAUAA